UGCAAUUGUGACAUUGUUGCUUGACGGAACCGGAAGCCGGAUACUGCCGGUUGCGGUUGCUUAGCAACGUAUAAUCAAAAUAUUAUGUUGUUUAUUCAUUAUUUUUUUAAAAUAUAAUGGAUAACAAAAAAAAUUACACAUUGUGAAUGCAGCGAUAAUAUUUGUUCAUAUCUUUAUAUGUUCGAUAUUAUACGAAGCUUUCAUAAGCAGGCACAACAUACUCUUCUACAAUGACGACGCCCAAAUUGCUGUAUACUCUGGAGCAGCCUCAUGGACUUGGCGAACUGUAUUUUCAAUGGCAGAAGGGUGAAUCUCAUUCUCUUCUUGCAACAACCGGAACUGAUGCUACAGUUGCAAUUCAUGACCGCUCUGGGCAGCUAUUAGAAAGAAUAAAGCUUCAGGGUCUCUGUGGUGGAAUGGAAUGGGAUAAUGAUGGCGACUAUUUAGCUAUGAUAACUCCAAACAGCAACUCUGUACUGUUGUGGGAGUGCCAUGCCAACAAACGUGUCACUAUUGAGACGGGACUUCGGGAGCCACCUUCAUGUUUGGCUUGGGCAUACGGUGAACCACUUUUGGCUAUUGGGACCCAAAAAGGCAAUUUAGCAUUAUAUAAUCAUCAUACUACAAAGAGGAUACCAAUAAUUGGAAAGCAUACUAAAAAGAUCACUUGUUCUGCAUGGAACAAGGACAGUAUCCUAGUUCUAGCAUCUGAAGAUAAGAGUCUCUCUAUUAAUAAUUCCGAUGGGGACACCCUUCGCAUUAUAUCUCUCCGGGAUACACCUAACGAUCUGCAGUUUUCUGAAAUGAAGACAGACGAGAGGGUCGCUGGGGAAAAUACUAUAAGCCUCGUAGUUGGCAAACGGACGCUGUAUUUAUACAAUCUCCUGAACCCCGAGAACCCGAUAGAGCUGGCAUUCCAACAGAGAUACGGGUCGAUUGUCUCAUAUAAGUGGUAUGGGGAUGGAUACAUCCUUAUAGGGUUUAGCGCUGGCUUCAUCAUAGCCAUAUCAACCCAUAUAAAGGAGGUUGGCGAGGAAUUGUUCCAAGUGAAAAACCACAAGGAGAAUUUAACAGAUAUUGCUGUAUGCGAUACGUUAGCUGCUUCAUGCGGUGAUGGGCAGCUGAAGCUGAUAUCGCUGUGGAACAGCGGGUCGGUGUGGGGCUCGGUGGCGCCGGCGGGCGGUGCGGAGCGCGCGGCGUGGGGCGCGGGCGGGCGGCUGGUGGCGGCGGCGGGCCGCGGCGCGCUGGCCGUGUACGUGACCGCGCUGCCGCCGCUGCACGCCGCCUGCGCCACGCGCGCGCUCGCGCUCACCAGCCUCGCGGAGGCCACGCUCUACCAGUGCAUACCGCUCGCCGACGGCGCCGACCACGUAGACCCGCUCAAUAAAUCGGAGCCGGUGGCGCUGGCGACGUACACGUUCCCGACGGAGCCGAGCGUGAUCGCGGUGGGCGCGGCGCACGUGUGCUGCGCGAGCGGCGCGCACGCGUGGUUCUACGCGCUGGCGGGCGGCGUAGUGGCGGCGCGGCCGGCGGCGCGCCGCCACUACGCCGGCGCCGUGCAGGCGCUGCGCCUCGCCGGACACUACGCCGCCGCGCUCUUCCAGGGGAAGGCCAUGCUGCACCUGAUUGAGCAGUCAGAUACAUCGCAACCGGAACGAGAAGCCAUGAUAUUUCCCGAGCCGCAUAUGCAAGACGCCAACAUCGUGGACAUACAUCUCACCGGAGAUUUCUUCAUUUUCGUUACAGACCAAGGGCACAUCGAGUACUUCGGCGUGGAGGAGUGGCGGUCGGCGGCGCGCUACCGGCACGCGGCGGGCGUGGCGAGCGUGCACUGCGACAUCAGCGGCGCGCGCGCCGUGCUGGCGGACGCGCGGCGCCGCGCGCACGUGUACUGCCCCGCCGCCGCCGCGCUCGCCGCCGUGCCGCCGCCGCGCCGCGCCGCGCCGCCGCCCGCGCCGCUCAGAGGCGUGAUCUGGGACAUCUGCCUGUCGGACCGCAAUGUAUUCAUAAUAUACACGGAGGAUACAAUCGACACUUACUACUACGCGGCGAACUCGAUCGAUGGCCCGCACGUAGACUACGUUGCGUCCACCACGAUCCUCACGGGACAGAUACCGCUCAUACUGUUCUCUGGCGACGUCUACUGCUACGCUACGGGGGGCAUUAUACAGAAGGUGUCGUUGGAGUCUCACAACACCGCUGGGCUGGCGGAGGCAGACGCGGAGAAACGCGCCGCCAAUCAGCGACGUCACGUCGAAAAGCUGAUGCUGCUGCGGAGAUUUUCCGACGCCGCGCUAUACUGUGAUGCGCUUGCUGACCCAGAAGUCACUAGGACACUUGCUGACCGUGCAGCUGCUGAUCUUAAUCUCGAAUUUGCUAUACGAAUGUACACUCGACUGAGUGAUGUGGCGAUGGUUUGGGCCCUAGAAGAUGCAUUGCAUAUUGAGGAUUUGUCUAUACUUUGUGGUAUGGUGUGUGCGUGCUUGGGGCGCGGCGAGGCAGCAGCGCGGUGGCUGGAGGGCGCGGGGGCGGGGCCGCACGCACUGGAGCUGCACGCAGCGCGCGGUGAUUGGGCUCGUGCGGCUGCGCUGGCUGCUGCCGCUUGUCCUGAGCGCGCUGCCGACGUCACGCUGCACCAUGCACAGCACCUCGAACUCACUGCCGACUAUCACGAAGCCCUUGCGAACUACGAAAAGAGCCUAAUUCAUGACAACACAGAUGAUCCCAAAGUGCGUGAACACAACUCACGCUGCGAGGCAGGCAUUGCGCGCACCAGCAUCCGCUGUGGAGACGUGGCGCGUGGAGUCACCACGGCCAUGAAGCACGCCCACCACGCUCUGCUGCUCAAGGACUGUGCGCUCCUGCUCGAGGAGGAGAAGCAGUACAGUCACGCCGCCGCGCUUUAUGACCAUGCGGGGAACACGGAGAAAGCUGCUUCUUUGUACAUCAGACUUAAGUCCUGGCUCAAGGUCGAAGCGCUGCUCCCCAAGAUCAACUCUCCUAGCAUACACAUACAGUAUGCGAAGGCCAAGGAAGCUGAAGGCCGGUAUUCUGAUGCUUUGAAAUCCUACUUAAGAGCUCAGGACUAUGAGUCAGCCAUACGAUUGAAUCUGGAGAAAUUGGACGAUAUAGAUGAAGCUGUUGCAUUGGUCCAGGAAUCCAAGUCCGUCCAAGGAGCUAAAAUGGUUGCGAACUAUUUCCAAAAUAGUGACGACCCUAGUUCAGCAAUAAAGUUCUUGGUGAUGUCUCUGUGUUACGAUGAAGCUUUUCAGUUAGCGAGGAAGAACGGAAAGCUACACUUGUAUGGAGAGAUUUUAAUACAGACUUCUCAUGCGAGGUCGGAAGAUUUUAAGAGUUUAGCGUUGCAUUUCGAAGGGGAGAAAAAUCAUUUGCUAGCUGGCAAAUUUUAUUUUCAUGCCGGGGAGUACAGCAAGGCAAUGUCUCAUUUGUUAAAGGCUGGGGGCGGGUCUGAGGAAGAGGAGAAUGAGGCUAUUGGUAUAGCAAUUGAUGCUGCAGCAGCGAGUGAUGAUGAACGGCUCACAAGAAGAUUAAUAGAAUUCCUACUGGGCGAGACAGAUGGGACACCACGCGAGCCGCGUCAUCUGUUUCGGCUGUACAUGGCCAAGCGACAGUUCACCGAGGCUGCCAAGACUGCUGUGAUAAUCGCCGGCGCGGAGUGCGCGGCGGCGCGGUACCGCGAGGCGCGCGACGUGCUGCGCGACGCGCUGCGCGGCGCCGGGCUGCGCGCGCGCCGCCUGCCCGCGCCCGCCGACGUGCGCCGCGCGCUCGCCGCGCUGCACUCCUACAUACUGGUUCGCACCCAUGUUAAGCGCGGCCGUCACGACCUUGCCGCUCGUCUGUUAUUGCGCAUCGCGGCUGAUGUUUCCUUCUUUCCUACACAACAACAUCAAGUGUCAAUAUUGACGUCAACAGUGAUCGAAUGCGGCCGCGCUGGCUUGAAGCAUCAAGCUCAUCAUUGGGCCAAAGUUUUAAUGCAACCUGAAUAUAGAUCGCAGAUUGAUCCGAAGUACAGCAAGAAAAUUGAAUCAGUGGUGCGUCAUGCGCCGCGUGGCCCGGCUGGUGGUGCUGGUGGUGCAGGUGGUGCGGGGGCGGAGGGCGAGGCGGGGACGGCGUGCCCCGUGUGCAGCGUGGCCGGGCUGGCGGCCGCCGACCUGCACUGCGCCAGCUGUGAGGCCUACCUGCCCUUUUGCAUCGCCACCGGUUUGCACAUCGUCAAAGAUGAUUUAACAGCGUGCCCAGAAUGCGACUUUCCGGCCAUCUACUCCGAGUUCACAGAGCUCCUACAAGAAGACGGUAAAUGUCCCAUGUGCGGCGAGAACGUGGAUUACCGUCGUCUCGUCAAAAUAGACGACGUAUCACUAUACCUAGACGUUGGCACCACCGAAUAAGGUCCAUUAUGCAAUGUAACAAUACCGUCCACUUGUAACUAGAUAUCCGUCCAUUUAGUUCAUAAGAGAUAAGUUUUAUUGCCCGUAGCUUUAGUUUAUUAUCAACAAGAUUACUAUAUGUUUCCGUGUGAAAGAUUUACAAUAUUUGCUUGACAUUGUCACGUUUCAUUGACAUUGUUACAACAGUUAGUUUCCUUAUUUUAUACGUAGAGAUAAAAUGUAUAUGUAAUUUAUAUUGUAUUAGAACAACCUUG